AAUCCUGCAGAGCUGGAAAGAUAGAACUUCGCAACUUUUCGGUUCCUCUGCAAUCAAUCAGUCUUUAUUAUAGUCAUAGACCUGUAAGGGUGAUUACAUAUGAUAAAGAUAUGUAGGGGUGAUAAAAGAGUACAUGAAAACUACAUGAGAAACGUAAGGGCAUGCAAAGCCUAAAAUGGCAUAAGAAUCAUAAAAAAAAGAUUAGAGGGCGUAAAAGAGGAGUAUAAAAAGGUUAGAGGACCUAAGGCAGAAAUGCAUAAACACUAAGUAAUAAAACUACAUAACGGCCACGUUUCAAAACUGUGAGACUAUAAGGGGCAGUAAGGACAUUGUGGUUUUUAAUCGGACAACUUUGUUGUUGUUGUUGAAUUUAGUUAAUGUUAUUACUUUUAUUGUAUCUUGUGUCUGUCUUAUAGUUGUGAUCCGCCCCGAGCAGUAGUGAACUGGAGGGGCGGGGUGCAAAUCAAACAAACAAACAAGGGGGAAAAGUCUAGAGCGCGCGCAAUGUUGAAUGAGCGAGCGAAGGGUAGUAGAGCCCACGCUGCGCCACCGGAGGUUCCGCCGGCGCUCGAUUCCUCUGGAGACUCCAUCGUAGCCCACAAACAUGAAUCCACCCCGUGCAAAAACCUGCAGACUUUUUAAUUUGAGCCGCCUCCUCACAAGGAAGGGUGCACCUUGCGCCUCGGUAGCGCGCAAAGAGGGAAGUGGAGUGGACUCUCACUUUGGGGGCAGGGCAUUCCCCUCGCUCUCCAGCCGCACGCGAUCCGCUCCAGCCCGCCUCUCCGGCUGCUGCUAAGCCCCCGAUCCGGAUUGCAGCUGGAGCCACAAUCCACUCCCCUGCUCUUCGCCCACACAGCUCUGCCGAGGAAAGGCCGCCGCCUCCUCGCACCUGCCAGCCCCCACUGCAGCUUCGCUUCUGCCUCCACUCACUGACAAAAGCGAGGGCGGGCACAGGAGACGCCCGAAGAAGCCGCAGUCCGCCGCGGCUGCUUCCUUCCUCGUUGCGAACCCAGGAAGAAGAACUCCAGUGAGUGCCCCUUCCUUGCUGUCGGGAAGCCGAUCUGGGUCCCGCUCCUAGAGACCGGUAGAUGACAUAAUGCAGCGAGAGUUGCCUUGGAACAUAAUUUGGGGUAAGGGGGAACAGAACUAUUUCUCUGUCCUCUUCUCUGGCCCACCUUGCAAAGGAAGAUAGAUGUGGAUGGUUCUCAGUGAAAUUUGCUCUUGACAUGGCAGGGUGGUUCCGAGGAUUCCUGAUGAAGCCCAAGAAAAGUGCAAAGGCUUCAGAGAGUGGCUUGAGCAGGGCUUCUCAAUAUUCACCUUCUCCUCGUGCAGUCAGAAGCUCGAACUCAUCUGCAGGCUGUAGUUCAAAGGACAGCUCCGGACAGGUGCCUUCUGCUCCUUUGGUCUGCAGCUCCGACAGCGCCCGCUGGAGCAAACCGUAUGACGUGUGCAUCUGUCACAACAAGGACGACCUUGAACUUGUGGAGGAGCUGCUCUCCUACAUGGAGGGCCAGCCUGAGCACUUCCGUUGCUUUCUCCAGCUGCGGGACUCGAUUCCAGGGAGAGCUAUUGUCACAGAACUGUGCGACGCCGUCCAAAACAGCCACUGCUGGGUGCUGCUGAUCACGCCCAACUUCCUCGAGGAUCCCUGGUGCCGGUACCAAAUGCAUCAUGCCUUGAUGGAGGCGCCCAUGGCCAAUGGACGCAUCAUCCCUGUGCUGAAGGACAUUGAGCGCAGAGAUUAUCCCCGAGAGCUCAGAUGCCUCUAUUACAUCACCUUUACUCUCCAGGAGAACAGCUUCCGGCAGAUCAAAGAGGCAAUGAUACGGUAUUUCCAGGACCUCUGUCAGAAUGCAAGCAGUAGAAACUAACUGGAGUCUGGCAGGAGAAAAAGUACAUCUAGCAAAAGGGAAGGCAGGCGUGAAGGGACUGUCUUUGUGCACGUGGAAUGCAUGUUACAAUACAACGUAGUGCUUUGACAGAAUCUAAGUUCCUCCAGCUAUACCCCUGUGGGCUGUUUCCCAACUAAGACGGCUGCCCAAUUUGUCUGCACAUUUGUAUCAUCAAUAGUGGAAGAGUGUGAACACUGAUAGAACCUAUGCCAGGGACUUUCAGCCAGGGGUAUGCAAACCUGUGGGGGUACUUUAAAGCUUGGGGAGGGCAUGCGGAGCACAGGGCGUAAGAGGAGGGCACAGGUGGCACGUGCCCUGGGGCCCCUUAUUCCUAGUGGGGCCCAGUGGUCCCUCUAACAAGGAUUCCCAGAUGUUGUUGACUACAACUCCCAUAAUCCCCAAGCAAAGGCUAUUGCAUCUGGGGAUGCUGUGAGUUAUAGUCAUCAACAUCUGGGAAUCCCUGCUAGAGGGAACACUGGUCCCUCGCCCCCGCCUGCCUCCUUCCAAAUGGGGUACUCAUGAGUAACUUACUCUGUUGAGCCAGUGACUAAUAACCUGCCUUAUAACUAUAACGUGUGUGUGGGUGAAUGAAUGUGUAUAGGAUACCUGAGCUGAAGCUUUGAGACAGAAGGGGGUAACACCUGUUUAAAAAGCUGGAAAACCCUUAACCGAUGCCAUUGACUGUUAAUGCCACAAAAGCUGCUGUGCUAGAACAGGAGCACUUCUAAAACGACAGACCGAGUGCUAUAUUUGGAAUGUGGGCCUUACGCAUAAUGCUUUGGUUUCAUGUUCCUUUCCUUCUUGCUGCCUUAUGUUGAGACCAGACUACCUCAUUAUGCUUCUGUCCGGGAUCCUGACUGUUUCUUCUAGCCAUCCUCUCGGGGUGGUGCAAGGUAUUGCAGCCCCUGAGGCCAGGCACCCCAAGCUGCCUUGCCUUAUGCCCCUGUGGGGGCCAGCCUUCUUUGAAAACCAACCCUUCAAGCUUUGAAAAGGGGGGUGGGGGUGGGAAAGAUUGUCAGCAGCCUCCUCUUCUAUCCUGGCAAGUUUUGCAAAGAGUGUGAGAAGUGCUCCUUGCAAGGCCAGGUUGGUCCCAAAGAGCUCCUUUGAUGGCGGUGGCAGCAGCGGGGAGCAUCCUGUCACCCUGCUGCCACCCCAAUAAUCUGCCACCUAAGGUUGCUCUCUCAUCUCACCUCAUGAAAAGGCCACCCCUGCAGCCUCUUCUCAGUUUUCACAUGCUGAUUUGGAUUUAAACAUACGUUUUUCUCCUCAUUUGUCCCUUCCUCACCACUUCCAACUGUAUAACUUUGAUCAAAGAUUUUCUGUUAGUAUUAUACAACAAUGAGUAACUGGGGGGGGGGGGCAACCUACUAGUUAAUGGCCCAAUCAAGUAUUAAUUGCACCUCACUUUGGUAAUCAACAUGAUUGAAAAGUGGAGGCAAUAUACCCUAAAUAGAUAAAUAACCUGCCACUGACUUUAGCCUGUGGUCAGUGUCUCAUAAUAGCACACUUCACUGAGCUCAGUGGGACUUAUUCCUAAGUAAGUGUGCAACAGAUUGCAACCUUAAAAGAUUGCCUGGAUGUUAAGCUUACCAUUUUGCAGAAUAGUACCUCAAGAAGAAAAGACAAUGGCAGAUUUUUCAUCUGUUCUGAGUUUUGUAAUGUUGUGUAACAAGAUCCCCCUUUUUAAAAAAAAGUACUUUAACAUCUUUCUAAAAAGAAUAAAGUGGCAUUUAAAAAAACAACAAAACUGUUUAAAUUUGUUGUUUCCUGCUCCAUUGAGUAAUAAUGUCCUGCCCAAAGGGCUAAACGAGAGGUUUUGAGGGAAAUACAGGGCUCCUAUCCAACUCUUUGGAGCUCUAUGGAUAUUUGCAGAUAAGAGUUGGAGGAUGGAAGGGACAUCCUUUUAGCUCUUCUCCUGCAAAUGUCACUCUCCCAGCCAUGCUUUGAAAAAAGGCAUGAGCCAGAUUGGGGAGAACUGCCUAGGACCCCCAGCUACAAUGGCCAAGAGAUGAGAGAGUUGUAAUCCAUCAACUGGGAUUGUUGGGAAUCCCAACAUUGGGAACCCGUACCUUAGAGGAAGCAUUGCAGGGGAGAAGUGGUGGGUUCAAGAGCAGCUGGGCACCUCCUGCCCCUGCCAUCCACACGAGCCAGAUUCCCCCCCGCUCCCUUAUACGCCAUCAUGCUCUUGGUUUUCCCUAUUGAUAAAUCUGGACAUGUUUAUAUUUCCAUAUGAUAAAUAAUGUCUACUUUGGCCCUGAGAUAAGGAGGCAGAGAUUCUAGGUAGGGUGGCAUGCCAAUAGUCCUGUUUGGUUCCCCUGACUGCAGUUCUAACCACAGUCACUAGUCUAGGGUAUCCCUGCUGAAAUGGGAGGGAUUGUAUUUCUAAAUAAACAUACUUUGAUCAGA